CGCGCGGUUAUGGCGUUAGGGAGCUGGAAGGCGCCUAGUGAUGACGUACACAGCCGGGCAGUGCAGCGCAGUGAGAAACAUGGCCGCGUCCAUAUCGGAGCAGCUCGCAGAUUUGUUGAACCCGCUGCCGAAUUUCGCAGACCCCGAGGACGACCAGGAUGACGAGACCAAAGCCAGAGUCGUAGACAAGUUUGAUGAAGGAGGUGAAGAUGAAGAUCUCCCAGCCAGUGGACUGCGGAAGCGAACAGUUGCUUUGCUGGCAGAUUCGGAUAAACGCUAUCGUGGCAAAGUGACGUCACGCAAGGAGCUGCAGCAGGAGUUUGACGACUCCGCUGAUGACGAUGAUGAGGAUGAUGACGAAGAAACUGGACAGCUGGAUGAAGUCAUGGAAGAUGAUGAUGAUGAUGAUGACGUCGAUGAUGAUGAGGAGGACGAUGAUGAAGAUGAAGACGACCUCAGUGAUGGUGAUGGUUCACAGCUGUCCAGCUUGGUGUCGAAGAUGAAGGGCGCUGACCUGAGCUUCCCUAAAGAGACAGACUUCCGCAAACUCACCGAGGGCAUGGACGACCUGGGAGAGAGCGAGGACGAGGAUGAAGGGGAGACCGAUUCUGAAGGAGAAAGCGAGGAAGGCUCAGAAGAGGAAUAUGAGGAGGAUGUUGACUCAGGAGGUGUGAUGACCUUCUCGAAAGAGAAGGUGGAUGAAGAGGUGGAGAAAGGCAAAGCAGUGAAGAAUCAGCUCGCUCUUUGGGACCUGAUGCUCGAAGGACGAAUUAAAAUGCAGAAAGCCCUCGUGACAGCCAAUCAGCUUCCUCAGCCUGACACGUUCCCAGAGUUCAAGAGCAAAGGCGGAGCCGACUACACCGGAGCGCUGAAGAACAGCCACAAAGCUCUGAAGGCUCUACAGAGAUCUUUAUUAGAGCUGCAGGACCUGCUGCUGUAUCAGAACCCAGAAACCAGAGCCAUCACACAGGGGAAGACAUGGGGCCAAGACACCAGCAAGUCAGAGGAAGAUGAAGAGGUCGAUAGUGACGAGGGUGAAAACGAGGAAGAUGGUGAUGAGGAAGAAAAGCAGCCCGUAAGUCGAAGCGGACCCUCCAAGCGGAAGCUGGAGAUGACGGAGUAUCCAGACUUCAUGGCAAAGCGCUUUGCAGCCUUCCAGCCGUACCGCGACGCCACGCUGCAGAAAUGGUACGACAAGACACGGCUCACCACGGGCAAGAACAACAAGGGCUUCGGGGCGUUUGAGCGGAACAUCCUGACGCAGGUGGAGCAGGUGCUGAUGGAUAAGGAGCGCUUGCUGAAGCGCACACAGACACGCAGGUCUGACUACAGAGUGCUGGGCAAACCGGAGCUCAGCUCUGUCACCACACAGUCCGGCAGCACAGAGCCUGAGGCAGUCGAACCAGUGCUCAAAGCUAAUGCGCAUCUCAAAGAUCUGGACGAGGAGAUCUUCGACGAUGACGAUUUUUAUCACCAGCUUCUUCGAGAGCUGAUUGAGCGCAAAACGAGUGCUGCCGAUCCUAAUGACCAAGUGGCCAUGGGCAGGCAGUGGCUGGCCAUCCAGAAGCUUCGCAGCAAGAUCAAGAGGAAAGUGGACACGAAGGCCAGUAAGGGCAGGAAAGUCAGAUUCCAUGUACACAGUAAGCUGAUGAAUUUUAUGGCUCCUAUUGACCACAGUACCAUGAGUGAUGAAGCUCGGUCCGAGCUGUACCGAUCUCUGUUUGGAUCCCAGAUGCUUCAGUGAUGCUACUGAGGGAGGUGUAACACACUGAGGAACACACACACACACACACACACACACACACUAAGGCACACACACAGACACACGUACACUAAGGAACACACGAACACACACACACACUAAGGAACACACAAACAGACACACACACACACACACACUAAGGAACACACACACACACACACCCCUCAUUGUGCAAUGAGAGAUGCAAAAAGACAUUGCAGUGAUCUGGACUGAUGUGAGCCGGCAGAAUUUUGGGACUCGCAGAAAACAACUCCUUUUUUUUUUUUUUUUUUUUUUUUUAAAUCUCAUGUCAUUGUUAUUCUUUGCAAAUAAUUAUAGAAAUCAGACUUUAUUUCUGAUCUGCUGAAUCUGCGUUUGUAAUAUAAAGUGACUUUUUUCACACAA